GGCCGACCUCUCCCGGCGAAAUAGGAUGGCAGAAGCUGCCGGACUGGUCAUUGGCGCCGUGAGCGUCGCCGGCCUCUUCACCACCUGUGUCGAUUGCUUCGAAUACGUCCAGCUGGGUCGCAACUUUGGGAAGAACUUCCAACGCUCCCUACUGAGGCUCGACGUCGUGAAGCUCCGCCUGUCCCGGUGGGCGGAGGCUGUGAACAACUCACCAGAGUCCCAUCAGGGGGCCACCGACACGACGGAAAGGGGCCAGAAGGUCAGAGAGAUCUUGGGGGAGAUCAUCGAGUUGUUUGCCGACGCAGAAAGAGUCUCGGAAAAGUACAAGGCAAAGGUCACCGGCGGCGAGCUGGUCGUGUACGACGCCGACAGCGAGCUUGAGCCGGACAUCUCAUCGAUACGCAAGAAGCUGCGAGAACUGGCAUUCAGGUGCCAGAAACGAAGCAGCUUCGCACAGAAAGCGACUUGGGCGUUGUACGAGGAGAAAAACUUCCGCAGGCUGAUCGAGGAUGUCACGGCACUUGUCGAUGCCUUGGUGGACCUCUUCCCAGCGUCCCGGGAUCGCCAGCGGCAGCUAAGUGCUCAAGAGGCCGAAGAGUUGAAGGAAGAGCACCGUCUUGAUGCUUUGGAAGAAGCGGCAGAAGGGGUCGAUCCGCUACUCCAAGAUUCCGUGCAGCAGGCAAUCGCCAGCCAAAGUGGUCACGCCUUCAGUGGCAACAUGGCCAUGGAGAAUGCUCGAGUCAGGUAUGGGGAUGAGCAUGCGGCCGGAGCCACUGGCACUGGAGCUGGGCACAGAUACGAUAGAAACACAGCACAGGGCAGUUCACGAGUGCACUAUGGGAACCAAUUCGGAGGGAAAAGUGUGCUCGACGAUUAAGGAAACAUAAGUCUACUGUCCACACUCCUGGUGGGCCUACUGAACUGGUACUCUGAAGCCCAAUGGGCGGUUCGGGUAUUGUUUGGGAGUGGUAGGCGUAUAAUGCCUUCAUUUCUGAUCUCUGCUCACUUCAACCUUGCACCCCUCGGUGAUUGAAACCACUAGAG